GCGAGCUGACGGCCAUAGCGCCUCGGUCCCCCACUCGCCGCUGGGGCAGAUUUUCUGCCUCAGUCGGCGUCCUUCCCGGCUCAGACCCUCUAGCCCCGGGUCUGGCGUGCGGGAGGGGGAUAGGUCGUCAUUCGGAGGACGGCCGCUCGGGCCGUGCCUCCCGCCCCCGCCGGAACCCAGCGCGGGGGGCCUCCCGCGGCCGCGGCUCGGCCCAAACUCCCCGAAUCAGGAGCUCUGGGCUGCGUGCAGCAGCCGGGGUGAGUCGGCUGCCGGCUAGAGUUAGACACCCACCCUCCUAUGUACUGGGCCUUCCAAAGCAUCCCAGGCCGCCUUUUCAGAAAGUAAAGCAUCCCCGCCAUUCCGUGGCCGGGCAGGCGCCUCCACCUCGUCCGUCCGCUGGUCAGGGGAUUUCGGUGUGUUGGGUGAGCACCGGGUGACGUUGGCCUCAGCUCGGUUCCCGGCUCCCCUCCUGGUGCAGGAGAUACUUCAUCAUUGAAUUUUACCCUGCCUGUGGGCAACAGUUUGAUACAUUAUAUUCAGCUCUAACUAACUUCUCAGUGCUCUGACUUUCUUCAUGAAGGGAACAUGGAAGAAGAAAGAAAUGCUGCUGAAUUACAGAAAAAUAUGACACAGGACUCUGUGGUCUUUGAGGAUGUGGCUGUGGACUUCACCCAGGAGGAGUGGGCUUUGCUGGAUCUUGCUCAGAGAAGCCUCUACAGAGAUGUGAUGCUGGAAAACUUUCAGAACCUGGCCUCACUAGGAUAUCCACUGCACACACCAUAUCUGAUCUCCCAAUGGAAACAAGAGGAGGACCUGGAGACAGUAGAACAAGGACUUAUCCAGGGGAAGCACCAGGAAGGUUUUAAGAUUCAACUUAAAACUAAUGAAUCAGCACAAGAUAUUUAUGAACAAAAAAUAUCCAGUGAACAGAAAAUAGUAAGAUUCAAAAGGAAUGAUUCUUGGUCAUCCAUUUUACACCAAAACUGGGAAUACCAUGAUACUUAUUAUCAGAACAAAAGCCAUGAGAGACAUUUGAGAAGUCCAGUGGAGCACAUCUUUGAAUGUAACGAAGAAAAUCAGUGUGAACAAGCCUUUGGCCAAAUUUCACGUCUUAACAUAGACAAGGGAACUACUGAAGUAAAGUCCUAUGAAUGCCAUGAGUGUCAAAAGGCCUUCACGGAUCAUUUAUCCCUUAAGAAUCACAUCAGGUCUCACACUGGCAGCAAACCCUAUCAGUGUAAAGAAUGUGGGAAAGCUUUCCAUUUUCUUGCUUGUUUUAAGAAGCAUGUGAAAAAUCCCACUGAAGGGAAACCCUAUGAAUGUAAAGAAUGUACAAAAGCCUUUGGUUGUUCUUCCUUCUUUAGGGCACAUAUGAAGAUUCACACUGGAAAGACGAGCUAUGAAUGUAAGGAAUGUGGGAAAACCUUUAGCUGUUCUUCAUCCCUGACAGAACAUAAAAGGAUUCACAGUGGCGAUAAGCCUUAUGAGUGUAGGGAAUGUGGGAAGGCAUUUAGUUGUUCCUCUUCACUCUCCAAACACAAAAGGAUUCACAGUGGAGAUAAGCCAUAUGAAUGUAAGGAAUGUGGGAAGGCCUUUAGUUCUUCUUCUCACCUUAUAAUACAUAUAAGAAUUCAUACUGGAGAGAAGCCUUACGAAUGUAAAGAGUGUGGGAAAGCAUUCAGUGAGUCCUCAAAACUCACUGUACAUGUCAGAACACACACAGGACAGAAACCCUAUAAAUGUAAGGAAUGUGGGAAAGCCUACAAUUGUCCCUCCUCCUUAAGUAUCCAUAUGAGAAAACACACUGGAGAGAAACCCUAUGAAUGUCUGGAAUGUGGAAAGGCCUUCUAUCUUCCCACUUCCCUUAACACGCAUGUGAAAAAUCAAAGUAGAGAGAAACCCUAUGAAUGUAAAGAAUGUGGAAAAGCCUUUAGUUGUCCCUCAUCCUUCAGAGCACAUGUGAGAGAUCACACUGGAAAGAUACAAUAUGAAUGUAAGGAAUGUGGGAAAGCCUUUAGCCGUUCCUCAUCCCUCACUGAACACUUAAGAACUCACAGCGGAGAGAAGCCUUAUGAAUGUAAAGAAUGUGGGAAGGCCUUCAUUAGUUCCUCCCACCUUACAGUACAUAUAAGAACUCACACUGGAGAGAAACCUUAUGAAUGUAAGAAAUGUGGAAAAGCCUUUAUUUAUCCCUCAGCUCUUAGGAUCCACAUGAGAACACAUACUGGAGAGAAACCCUAUGAAUGUAAGGAAUGUGGAAAAGCCUUUCGCCAUUCUUCAUACCUUACUGUCCAUGCAAGAAUGCACACUGGAGAGAAACCCUUUGAAUGUCUGGAAUGUGGGAAAGCCUUCAGUUGUCCCUCAUCCUUUCGAAGACAUGUAAGAAGCCACACUGGAGAGAAACCCUAUGAAUGUAAGGAAUGUGGGAAAGCUUUUGUGUGUCCUGCCUACUUUCGAAGACAUGUGAAAACUCACACUAGAGAAAGUGUAUAAAUAUAAAAAAUGUGGGGAUGUCUGCAAGGUGUUUUCAAAUCAUAGAUGGAACAUUGUGGAAAUGCUCCGUGAAUGUAAGAAAGCAAGAAAUUGUUGCUUAUCUGUUUGAAGUCUUGAGAACUCACAGCUGAGAGAGACCUGUUUAUGUAUACCUGGUGGUAACGCCUUCGUGAACAUUGCUUCCUGUGUGGAAGAAAAUUCAUACAAGAAGCACAAAUCAGCACCUCACCUGUAAAGUGGACUGCUGGCUCAUUGAUUUUUCAGUUUCUGUUUUCUGAUAUGAAUUCAUAGUUACGGUGAUAAAUUUCCCUCUAAUACCUUUUCAGCUCUAACCACUUUUUAUUUAUCUAUUUAUUUAUGUAUUUAUUUUCUAACCACGAUUUAUUAUAGGUACUUUCAUUUUGCCUGAGAUGUAAAUGUUUUUACAUUAUAAAACCUUUUGGACCCAUAGGGGAUUCAAGGUGUUUUUCAUAAGCAGGCAAGAGUGAUCUUCUUUUUUUGGUUUGUUCAGUUAGUUUCUAAUUAAUGCUCAUCAUUCUCCAGGUAUGUAGUCAUUAUGGUAUCAAUACUUUGGUAUUUGUAAUUUCUUUUGUAAUUUUUUCCUUGUGAUUGGUAGUUUCAUUUUGAUCUAGUAUGGAACGUACUGGAAAUUGCCUACCCAUUUUUUUCCUUUUUAUUUACUAAGAGAACCUAAAGUUUUUGAGGCUAUCACUUUUUACUAUUAAAAGCUUUUCCUGUCUAAUAAGUAAUUUUAACAGAAAUUAAUAAGUGCAAAAGUCUCCAAAAAAAGAGUCACAUCUGAUACGUUGUUUUAGUAUUUUGUUGUUGGUCCUUGCUCAUGGCUGGGAACUGGACCCAAUGUUUUGAAUUUAAAAAGGUUGGGGGGAAAGGGGGAUCUUGCAAUAAGAAAGCUGGAAGUAGGGCAGCCCUGGUGGCUCAGUGGUUUAGCGCCGCCUUCAGUCCAGGGCGUGAUCCUGGAGACCCGGGAUCAAGUCCCACAUCAGGCUCCCUGCAUGGAACCUGCUCCUCCCUCUGCCUGCAUCUCUGCCUCUCUCUCUCUCUCUCUCUCAUGAAUAAAUAAAUAAAAUCUUAAAAAAAAAAAAAAAGAAAGCUGGAAGUAAAGGUAGUUGAGCUGGUAUGCAUGUGUUAAUUUGGACAUAUUUUGGACUGUGUUUCUCAGAAUCAUUUCCUUAUAUCCAGUUCCAGGUUAGAAUUGUCUAGAAGAGCCUUUGCAUGAGAAUUGGAAGGCAGAUGGAAGAGCUAUUACUUUUUGUUUAGUGGGGCCAUAAUAUGGAGAAAGAGGCAUAGGGGUGCAUGGUGGGCUUCAGUUUCCUGCUCAUUUUCCUGAUGUUAGGACCUACUAAUCAAUACUAGCUUGAAACAGAGCAGUAAAUGCUUUUACAUGAGUGAAAGCUUUUGUGUGUCCUGCCUACUUUCGAAGACAAGCUUUUGUGUGUCCUGCCUACUAACCUCAGAGCCAGCAGCUCCCUAGACCUCUCCAUCAAUUCCUCCAUCAUGGUCCUACACAGUUUCUUAGGUUUUCUGGCAAGUUCUUGGGGAAUCCCUGGGUGGCUCAAUGGUUUGGCGCCUGCCUUCAGCCCAGGGCAUGAUCCUGGAGCCCUGGGAUCAAGUCCCACAUCAGGUUCCCUGCAUGGAGCCUGCUUCUCUCUCUGCCUAUGUCUCUGCCCCCCCCCCUCUCUCUCUGGGUGUCUCUCAUGAAUAAAUUAAUAAAUAAUCUUUAAAAAAAAAGAUUUUCUGGCAGGGUCCAGCAUUGUCAUUUUGCUGAUAUUAUAGUCCCUGGCACAUCAACUGACUGUAUAGAGGUGGCCCAAGUUUGGAGUAGGAUUGUUAUCUGCAUAGUACAAUCCCAUCACACCACUUUGCUCAAGGAGACAUCUAUGCAAGUCCAUUGGGAUCUCCAGCAAGAAGGGUUGUGGACAGUAAAGAAAAUUAGGUAUAAGGGAGGUAAACAUCAGACAGGGUGUCCUAUUUUAGUGGAGGAAGAUUUAUAUUUGAUACCUUCAAACAGAUUUUUCUGCUUUUUUUAUUUGGGAAAGAUGAAAGUUACUUGGUUUGUGCUUCUUCAGAUAGAUCUAGCUGCACUUUUCCCUUCUGUUAUGUUUCCCCAUCAUUUCUGAAAGUAGACCUAUGCCGCUUUCACUAAUGUGCACUAAUGUACACUAAUGUGCACGAAGUGUGCUGAUCUUAGGCAUAUAGCUUGAUGAAAUUUCACUUACAUACAUACACACUCUGUUAAACAACAUUUCUAGGAUUCCAGGAAGUUUAUUUAUAUUUUCUCAAUAGUGCUCCACUGAGGAAACCACAAUCUUGACUUUUAUUCAGUUCAUUAGGUUUGCUUCUUGAUCCUCUUGAUCUUUAUCUAAGUGCUCAAGUACAAUAUGUACAAUUAUGUGCUUGGCUUCUUUUCUCAGCAUGAUGUCUAGCUUGCCUUUUAAUUGCUCUUUUCUGCUGACUUACACUUAUUUCUCUUGGUAUAUGUUUUGUAUUUAGGAAUGAGAUCACUGACUCAUAGGGUAGACUUUAGCUUUAGUUUUGAGUAUUCCAGUUUUUCAAAAAGAUGGACUAAAAGCUCAUCCUAAAAGCAAUGCAUGAAAAUUCUAAUUGUUCCACAUAGCUGACCAGCCCUUUCUAAUCUUAGCCCUACAGUAGAGGACAUGGUACUAUCCUGCUUUGGUUUUACUUUUCAGUUUCCUGAUAUGUAAUGAUGGUAAAUAUUUUUUUUUUAUGUGCUUAUUGGCUAUUUGGAUAUCUUUUAUGAGGGCACCCAUUUUUGGUUCCUUUUUUAUUUGAAGGGUUUCCUUCUAGUUACUUGUCCUUAAUUGUAUGUAUGUGUAUCUCUAUGUCUAGUUAUGUACACAUACAUAUAUAAAACCAUGUGUUAUAUAUCAUAUAUAUAUAUAUAUAUAGCUUGUGUAUAUUAUAUAUACAUACAUUGCAGAUACCUUUAACCUUUCACUGGCUUGUCUUUUUACUCUUCUCAUUUUUUGUAAGCUAUAAAGGGAAUUUAUUGGUUUGAUUAUUGAGAAGUCCUUGGGCAUAACUAGCUUCAGAGAUGGCUGGGAUCCUGAGGCUAAAAAGCUAUUAUCUGGGUGAGUUCUGUGUCUGUGUCUUGGCUGUGCAUCGCCUUGUAUUAGCAAUUAUUCCUGGCAGGCUGUUUCUCUCUACUGUGGGUCCCAGAAGAUCCAGGCUGCUUUCUUUUUAGAUUGAAGUCUCAGAGAGAAAAGAGCGGUGGUCUUUUGGAGCAACUCCAAUAUGAUCAUUAUAAUAGAAUCUGAUUGUCUUACUUGACAAUAGUUAGCCAAUCACUGUGGCCAGAGGAAUGUAAUGCUCUGAAUUGUUUAGGACUGGCUCCUGUGCUCAUCCAGAAACCAAAGUAGAGUUUGCACCAACUGAACCAGAGUCCUGACCAUUGUGAUGUGUACAGAGAGGGAAGGUGGCAGCUGUGGGCAAGUGGAUAUAAUGGGAAUAGAGGAAAUAUUGUCAGCUAGCAUGUUGUGCUUACUAGGGUCUUAGCAAUAGGAGGAAACUGAAGUCUGCUAACACAGCAGGGGCUAAGUAGUUCUAGAAAUCCCUUCAGAAAGGUUAAGUGCCGUCUGUUAACAUAUCUUUUUUUAGAUUGCUAGAGAUGGCUUCUCAACUUUUAUGCUGUUUUGCAGUACAUUUGGAAAUCUGGUAGACUUAGAACUUUUUUAUUCUUUAAAAUUGUCUUGCCUUCUCUACUCCUCAUUUGUUUCUAUAUUAUUUUUAGAAUUUCCUUACUGAUUUUCAUAAGUAUGCUGAGAGUAUGCUUGGAAUGGCAUUGACUUGAUGUGGUAAACUGAAUGAAAUUGGCAUCUUUAUAAUAUUGAAUUAAACAUAAUCAUCCAUUUA